CUUGUUAUAAAUACGAAACUCUGGUGAGCUGAAUGUUCAAUAUCAAAAUCUGCUCACCGACACUUGAUAAACCUUAAAGAUCUUGAAGCAUGGGGAAAUUUUCAGUAUUCUCUGUAUUUUUAGUUUCUAUUCUUGUAGCUCAUUGUACUAGUCAGGUUUCUGCAGCAGAUACUUGCAAAUUUCCAGCAAUUUUCAACUUCGGAGAUGCCAACUCCGACACUGGUGCAUUUGCUGCUUGGUUUUUCGGCAACCCGCCUUUCUUCGGUCAGUCCUUCUUUGGAGGAUCAGCAGGAAGAGUGUCUGAUGGACGCCUCUUGAUCGACUUCAUGGCAACUAAAUUAGGAUUACCAUUCCUACAUCCAUACAUGGAUUCUUUGGGUGCUGACUUCGCUCAUGGUGCCAACUUUGCGGAAAUCUUAUCUACCAUUGCACUUCCCCCGGCCAACAAUAUCAUUCCCGGAGUUAGACCACCCCGGGGACUUAAUCCCAUCAAUCUCGACAUUCAAGUGGCUCAGUUCGCACAAUUCAUAAACCGAUCUCAGACUAUCAGGCAACGAGGAGGAGUUUUCAAGAAGUUCAUGCCUAAGGCUAAAUAUUUUUCACAAGCUUUGUAUACUAUUGAUAUGGGCCAAAUUGAUAUCACCCAAUUGUUCUUGAACAAUAAGACCGACGAAGAAAUUAAAGCUGCUGUGCCAGCCUUGAUAGCUAGCUUGUCAUCGAAUAUUAAGAUUAUCUAUAGUCUGGGAGCUAGAUCAUUCUGGAUCCAUAACCUCGGACCCAACGGAUGUCUUCCAAUUCUUUUGACACUGGCUCCGGUCCCUGACAGUCAACUUGACAGUGCUGGAUGCGCGAAGCGCUACAAUGAUUUAACCCAAUACUUCAAUACAGAGUUGAAGAAGGGUGUUGAUCAACUUCGAAAAGACCUUCCCCUGGCCGCUUUCACAUAUGUAGAUGUAUAUACCGCUAAAUAUUCUCUUUAUCAAGAACCGGCCAAAUACGGAUUUACACAUCCACUAGAAACAUGUUGUGGAUUUGGAGGAAGAUAUAAUUAUGGAGAGUUCAGCUUGUGCGGGUCAACAAUAACGGUCAACGGUACUCAAAGAACUGUCGGACCCUGCGCAAAUCCUGCAGAGUACAUAAACUACGAAGGCCAGACCUACACUCAGGCAGCUGAUCAAAUUACUUUUAACAAGAUUGCAUCUGGAAAAUUAUCCGACCCUCCUAACUCCCUGAAAAAGGCUUGCCGAAGAGCGUAGAUUCUCGACCAACUUCGUUAACGUUUUUUUCAAGAGCAGCUCACCGGGAUUCUUCUUUCAUUGUAUACUUUCUGCAGUACUGCUUGUGUUCUAGUGUUUUUCCGGUCGGUUUUCACGCAUCUUUAUGAUUUGUUGUUCUGUGUUUAAGAAAUAAAUGCUAAGGAUGGACAGCUAUCCCUUCUUCAACCGCAAUAAUAUACUCCCGACUUACCAACUUA